AGAAGAAGAAGAAGAAGAAGAAGGAAGCAGCCGUGUGAGAGAAACGUGCAGAAGUUUUGAAUCCAACCAGGGAACAAUCCAGCAUGUUUUACUGCAGCAGCGGCGGUUCCGAUCCGCUGAACAUGUCCAAAAGCGGCAUCCUGAGAGGAAUCAUCACCGAGAAGCUGAGCACAGCCGCCCGGGAGAUCUUAGCGGUGGUGGAGAGGACCGUAGCCGACUACGAGGAGGAGGCUUCGGGCUUCAGGCGGGAGAUCGAGCGGCAGAGGAGGCAGCUGGAGCUCCUGCAGCCUCGGGUCAAGCUGCCCAGAACAGAACUAGAGCUGCUCCCAGAUCUGCAGAGCCACGAGGAGGUGGUGGUUGGUGAGGAGCAAGAGGAGCAGCAGCUCACACAGAGCACAGGUGUGGAGGCAGCUGAGAGUCACAGUCCACCUGGGAAACACUCUGAGGAAGAGGAGGAGGAUUAUGUUGAGGGGGAAGACGAGAUUGAGGAAGAUGGUGGUGGUGAUGAUGAGGUGGAACAAGAGGAUGAUCAUUAUGAUGAAGAUGAACAGGAGGAUGAAGAAUCAGUAAUAAAAAACAAGAUGAUCAAGGAAGACCUGAAGGACCCAGAUUUUGAAAUACCACCAAGGUCAGUUCAGUCUGGAAGUAAAAGGCGCAGCUUAACUCCAAAAAUUAACACAAACGAGCCCCUAAAUCUCAGGAUCCGGAUACUGGAGGACUCCUGA